CGUUCAGAUCUCACCAUCGUCCUGCUCGGUAAAACAGGAGCUGGUAAAAGUGCUUCAGGAAACACCAUCCUGGGACGAGCAGAGUUUCAGUCUGAGCUGUCUUUCAGGUCUGUGACGACAGAAAUCUCUGAGCGUAGAGGAAGUGUGUUAGGGAAACAGAUCUCAGUGGUCGACACUCCAGGAAUAUUAGACAGCAAGGAAACAGAGAAGAAGAUUGAAGACUUCUGUCAGGAUCUCCUGAGGUCCUCCAGGCGCUGUCUGUUUCUGGUGACCCUCAGAGUCGGACGCUUCACAAAGGAAGAGCAGAAGGCGCUGAAGACAGCAAUGAAAGUCCUCGGGGGCAGAGGGAUGAAGAAGAGUUACCUCCUCUUCACUGGAGGAGAUGCUUUAGAGGAUGAGACUUUGGAGGAUUUCAUCUUUGAAGAAGGAGAUGAAGCUCAGCUUCCUAAUGUUGUUCAGAUGUUCUCGGGCGCCCAUCACCUCUUCAACAACGAGUCUGACGAUGAAGAACAAGUCAGAAAACUGCUGCUGAAGUCUGAACACCUGAGACCUGAGGAUCAACCUGAUUCACCAGCUGGUGUUCCCAAAGAGAGGAGGAUCGUGAUGCUCGGUCUUCCUGGAGCUUGGAAAAGUUCCUCUGGAAACACCAUCCUGAGAUCUGAGAGGUUUGAAUCAGCUGCUGGGUUUAAUUCAGUCAGUACAGAGACGACCUCUGCAUCCACCUCGGUGGAGGGCUGUGAGGUCACGGUGGUUGAUACUCCAGGGUUCACUGAUAAACAUCUGACUCCAGAGCAGUUGUACCUGCAGAUCAUGAGGUCUGUGGUCGAGGCGAGUCCAGGAGUCCAUGACUUCGUUAUCGUGGUCAGAGUAGGCAGACUCACUCAAGCAGACAUCAAGCUGUUUGAGCUCCUUCCUAAACUCUUUGAAGACGAUGCUCUGAAGUACUCCAUGGUGCUUUUCACUCAUGGAGACGCCCUCAAAGAAGGUCAGUCCAUUGAGGGCCUGAUCCGGUCCAGCACUCAUGUUUCUAAGCUGGUCUCCAUGUGUGGAGGUAGAUACUGUGUGUUUGACAACAGAACCAAGAGAAGCAGAGAGCAGGUCAGAACCCUCCUGUCUAAGAUAGAUGAGAUGGUCUCAGCUAACGGAGGACAGCACUACACAGACCAGAUGUUCAGGAUGGCUGAGACCUCCCUUAGAGAAGAAAGGAACCCGUCAGGUGCGUGAGACCUCCCUUAGAGAAGAAAGGAACCCGUCAGGUG